AUGCCGCUCAUGCUGGACAAUCCCAUGCCAGUGGACCUCAACGACGUUGAUGACCUUUUCGGCGAUGCCGUCGGUGUCGGCAUUUCUCUAUCGGGACGUGUGCAAAGCAAACAGCUCCAGCAACGGAUGGACGAUAUUAGGAUCCGAGGGUGUUGCCAAGCGGUAGCAUGGUCAAGGACAGGCUCAAUCGCCAACAUCACCCCCGAUGGCCAGAACGUUGAACUUCGCUACUUGCGACGUUCUCCAGGCGAUGGCUCCUGGGACCUGAGCGAUCCUACCGCUUGUCCCUUUGCCAAGGGCACUCCAGCAGUCCCUAUUGUUCACUUGAUAUGGGCUGGCACGAGUACUCCAGACCUGGCGGUGAUCGAUGCCGCCGGUCGUGUUACUAUCGUUAGCUUCUCCAUCUCUCUCAACCAUCCCUUUGUUCAAAGGAAAUGGGACGCUGAUCCGAUUGAUGAUGUCCAUACCAUCGUCGGUGCCUAUUGGCUCACCGUUGCACCUUCAAAUCAACAGUCCUACAAUAUCAUGUACGGGCCGGCAAACAAACAGCACAACGGAUAUACUUAUGAAAGUUCAUUCGUCCACCACAGCGGGCCAUCUCACCCAAACCCGGCCAAGAGCGCUCUGUUGACCAUCACUACGCAUGGUGUUCUCAGGAUGAUCUGGUCACAAAACAACAGUCGAGUUGAGGAGACGACUAUAGAACUCGAAAGUAUAAGCGCUUCCGAUGAACUCAUCACACACGCAACCUUCACGUCUGAAAAGAAUCAUCUGCUCCUUGCACUUGCAACAACUUCAAAACAAUUGAGGCUCGUCAAGAUCGAGAUCCAAUGGGGCCAAGCUUCUCAAGCAGACAAGGUCCCAGGGAGACCUGCAGGAAACCUGAGCCCGUCUUUGGUUGAGAAACACUUGGCUACCACGAACUGGCUUCAGGGCGGCCCUGGUGAUUCUAGUAUUGACGCAUCAAUGAUCGAACUCUCCCACCUAGAAGUUCUUCCUUCUCUCCUGGAUAAUACUGGAAAGAAUCCCACAUCACCUAUGGUCGUCACAGUAAAGUCACGUACCUCCAGUGAGGGAUCCUACCAGGCUGCACAAAGUGUCCUCGACCGUUGGGAGGUUGUUGAGCAACGGCAGAAUCUAUCGUCAGCUUGGGAGCAGCUUGGGAGCCGAAGAAACAGCAUUUCCUCAGAACUACCUCCUGUCACGCAACUGCGCAAAGUCGCACCUAUUACGUCUAACAAAGUUGUCGUUGCGUUCCAUACCCUUACUUUCGGCAAGAUCUUGGUGCUCGCUUUCGCAGACGGUACAGUAGAGUAUCACGAUCGACUAACAUUCGACGAAAUCUACACAACUCAGGAAUUCAACAAGAUUAUGAACCUUCGACAAGUUGGAUGGACAUUUACAGACGAAGGGCCAUGCAAGUCCACCACACAGUAUCCCUAUAGCCCUGGCUGA